AUGUUCCUAAUGAGACAGUUCCACUCUGCUUUCCAACUUACUAAGCAUUCCCUACGGGAGGCCAAAGAGAGCAAAAACAGUACAUCAUGUUCCGAAGGAAGAAAAUGGAAUAAUCAAAGUUUGUUGCAUGCCAAGACAUUUCCUUGUAGAAAAUACAGGACCAUUAUUCUAUCGUCUCUCAAGACUCUAUCUAAAAGUUCCGAAAGUUCCAAAGGAGAGCAUAUACUCACUGAGUAUCUUGGCCGGCAAAGAUAUGAGCGUUGCGAGGAUGCUGAAAUUGAACCAAUCGAAUCAUCACAGACCCGCAUCUCUAUUGCCCUAGUGAAAGCUACCCAUCUAUGUCUUGGUGGAUCUCGCAAAGCCAAACCCUUUGGCCCCCGAACUGGCACUCUAUUUCUUGCCCCUGAUCCCACAGAACCUAGUCCUGAAUUUCGCCUCUUCUUUGCUUUUUAA